GUUCUCGAGAAAUUGCACAUUGAGCCUAUGCCAAGACCUCGGGACUCAUGUGCUGGAUGAAGUCAUUCGAGAGGUGGACGAGGCAGGACACGGGGAGCUGGUCUACGAGGAGUUCAAGCACCUCAUGGACUUACUAAUCCUUCGGGAGGGCUUCACUAGCAGCGAGUACGACCAGUUCAUGGAGAUGUUUGCAAGGUUUGACAGGGACAAUUGCGGCAAGAUCGAUGCGCAAGAGUUCCAUGCGGUCUUGAAUUGGUUGGGCUAUGCUAUGACAGUGGAGGAUCUGCUGCCGAUUAUGAAGGAUUCAAACGUCAAGCUGACGGGUGUGAUGAACCACCGCGAGUACUUGAGAUGCCUCCGCAAGGUGCGAGAGCACGAGCUGCAGAAGGUCCGUCGGGUGUUGGCCACCAUUUCAGGGCAGAGUACCAAUGGCACCAUCUGCCUGCAGCAGUCCGAUGUCCCGGUCGUUUUGAAGCAGCUGGGGUACGACAUGUGGGAUAAUCAGGCCAUUAGCGAGGCUGCAUCAGAAGCUGGACUUCGGGGAAUGAGCACGCUGGACUUGAGUGCUCUCUGGCGGCUUUUGCUGGUCUACCGCCAGCGAGAGGGAAUGCGGAACGAGGAGCUGCAGAGCAUCGAUGCAGCUUUCCGCAGGAACGACCAGGACGGCUCGGGCGAGCUCAACUCCCUGGAGGUGCCAUCUGCCGUUCGCGACCUUGGGUACAAGGUCAGCUUCGAGGCCAUGCAGAGUGUCCUGCGGCAGGUGGAUGUUGACGACUCUCAUCGACUAGAGCCGCGACAGUUCCGCAAGAUGGUCCGCAUGCUGCAGGAGCGCGACAUGGUCUGCUUUCAGCAGGCCUUUGAUGAGCGCGAUCCAUGCAGUUUGAAGGUCAUCACGAUGACGGAAGCGGUUCAGGCCUUUGCAGGUCUGGGCUUUGAAGACAAGGGGUACCUCCGCAAUGUGGACAUGCCCUUGCCGCUGCCCGGGAUCGGUGCCGUA